AUGAUAACCAAGGUCACCGUACUAGACGCUUCAACAACGCUCUUCGUGAGUUCUUACUAUGCUAAUGUCGGGGCGGCUCGUUCAUUACCGGCUAUGGCGGGCCAGUUCUUCGAAUACCUCCUGACGUUCCACGAUGAGUUUCGCCAUGUUUGGUGUACGAAAAGGGCAUUACUCGGCUCCAUCCCGUUCUUCACUUCCCGAUACUGUGCAAUGAUCGCGUCCAUUCUCGUAUUGUUACCGUCCGCCACGAGCACGAAAACUGACCAAGCAGCGACUGUUCUUCGUUUGGUAUCGAUUGUCUCGUCCGAAUUCGUAGUUGCAGUGAGAGCGUGGGCAAUCUGGGCUAGAAAUCGACGAAUACUUUACGGCCUGGCGGCAUUCUCAGUCUCUACAUUCACUCCUGCUGCCGUAGUCAUCGUGAUAGGGAUAGCUACAAGGCGGGAUAUCUCUACCCUACCCCCGGAGUUCGGAGAUAUACCUGAUUGUAGAAUCAUGAUCAGUGAUAUCAAAGACGCUUAUAUCGCAAGUUACGUUCUGUUGAUCAUCUUUGAAGCUGGCCUGACCUCGAUCAAAAUCGCUCUGUGGAGGCAGGAAAUACCUCAGGGUAUCAGAGCCCCCUUGAUAGACACACUCUGGCGUGAUGGUGAGUUCUAG